UAAAGAACAUUUGCCUGUGCCAUUUCAUAAACUGAUGACUAGUCAAGACAGUGAAAUAAUUGAUUUCUAUCCUAAUGAUUUCACUAUCGAUCUUAACGGGAAAAGAUAUGCUUGGCAAGGUGUCGUAUUACUCCCAUUCAUCGAAGAAUCGCGUUUAUUGAAAGCUGUAGAGUCAGUAUAUCCUCAUCUGGAGGCAGAUGAAAUUGCACGAAAUGCUCUAGGUUCUGAGAUUUUAUGCUUUAGUAAUAAGCAUAAAUUGUAUGAAGAAUUGUGCGUAUUGUAUUCUCUGAGAAGCAACGAAAAGCCUGUCGCAUUAGAUCCUAUGAUCAGCGAUAAGUUGGUCGGAUUUGUUACACGUGAUCCAAAUUGUAUACCUGAUAGUACUUUCUGUACUCCUUUGUCAGGAAAAAAUACCCAUGACAUUGUUAAUGAUAAGUCACUAAGUGUUACGUAUUACCUUCCAGCGAAAACAAGUAGCCAUAAGUCUAUUCUUUUAAGAAAUGUUAAAUUGGAUCCACCAAUGUUGACAAGAGAGGAUUACGAUUUUAGAAGGGGUGGUGGACGAGGAAGAGGCAGAGGCAGAGGCGGUGGUUCUCCAAGAGGUGGCCAUUCUUACUACCGUGACGGUCCAGUGUUCCGCGGUACCCAUGUACCUCGUGACCCAUGGUAA